AAUCCAGUCGAUUCAGAAACUAAACCAGAUUCAAAUUACACAUUUUUUCAUUGAAAAACAUUUAAGAGAAUAGGAAUUGGAAUUUCAGUGUGUGUAUAUAAAUAUAUUAUUUACAAAUUCAUCUCAUAUUUAUGAUUUUAUAUGGGAAUCAAAAAGUUUUCAUGAAUGUUCACCAUGUGCUAAUCAGCACUGUCAACAGACCCCAUUAUGACAUGUAACCCUUGCCAUGAUGUCAUUGCUGGUUCCAUCUGACUGGCAAAAUUCAAUUUCCACUCAUUUCAUGAUAGAUCUCUCACAGAGAUAGGUUAAGUUCUUAUUUAGAGAGUGCUAAUAUUUAUCAUCAAUGGCUUAUCGAGGAAGAGAAACAAGUGAGUUUCACAAACUCCAGAAGGAGAACUCUCAGAUGAAGAGCGUCAUCGAAAACUUGAGGAAGAAAAACAUGGCUUUAAACCGACAGGGUGACCAGAACAAGAUUUCAAGUUUUGGCUAUCAGGAGAACUACUCAAUCCCAGAGGGCCAUCGUGACUUCAUCAGUGAUGCCAGACUUCUGCAGAUGCAGAGAGCUGAGAGAGAGGCCAUGGAAGUAAAGCAAAGAAAGAUAAGUGCUGUCCACGAGAAUUAUGUCCGUACUGCUCUCAUUGUGGUUGGCAGCACCUUUGCGCACCACUUUGUCCCCUCUAUUCAGUGCAUUCCGCACCUGAAAGCUCCACUGAGGCCUUUGCCACGAAGGCUUGAACACAUAGCUCUUGCCCCACUGAAGAAUGUGGUGGGGGUGGACGGAGCCCAAGUUCGACCCGGAUCUCACUCUCUGGAGUCCAUCCAGGUAAAGAAGUCAUUCAGUAGCGUGCGUCCUGUUCCCGUCCCUCCCACUGGAGCUCCCUCCAAGAUGGGCAAGAAGAAGGGCAGGCAGGGAGUCAUGGUCCUGAAAGUCCAGUCAGACCAGGGCUGUGCUGACAGCAAUGGACCCAUUGACCUGUUGGAGGAGGUGAGGGCCAUCGAGGCUCACUUGAAGGAGGAGGCCUGGAAGACAAGAAGGCAGCCAGUGAGCCAAAGGGACAAAUAAAGAAGAAUCAGGACCAGGCCAGAUUGCAGCCCCUGUCCAACCCAGAGCAGGCCCUGACUAAGACCUUCAAGCUACUCCGCUCUGCCUCUGAUGACUGGGAGAAGAAGAUUGAGGGUUUGACCUCUCUCUUGUGCGAUGGCUCAGAACCACAUGGAUAUCCUGAUGCCUAAACUCCAUGAUAUCUGCCUUGCCAUUAUAAAUAAGGUUGUACUGCUCAACAUUAAUAGCUGGGCCGGUGGCCAUAGCUGCCAUGGCCAUAGCUGCCAUGGCCACACUGGGUGACAUGUACGUCCACCUUCAGAGGGCCAUGGACAGUGAGGUGGAGGUGACAGCACGCGUGCAGAUCUCACUCUUUGGUCCUUUAAAACCCUGCUGUAUGUAAAAUAUUGUGUGCUAUAGCUUGGAAAAUAAAUAAAUAUGACUCAUAAUGAUAUUUGUUUCCAACAUUACGGCUGUAUUCCUAAAGAAAUUAAAUCUGCUUUGUGUUUUGGAUACUGGUAUCGUCCCGGCCCUAAUUAGCAGUGGAUGUGUGUCAUCUCUACACAAAAACAUUUGUUAACACUUUAUAUGAAAGUGAUUCUCCAGAGCAGGGCCGGCUCUAGCCUCUUGGGGCCCUAAGUGAGAUUUAAUUGUGGCCCCCCUCUUGACGGCGGAGAGAAACAUGUACAUUUUAAAGUUAAUUUCCUGCAAUUCGACACAUCUUGCCAUGGGAUGAUAUAUCUUUCACAUACUUAGGACUAAAUGGGAGUUUAUUCUAUUAGAUGAACAGAUAAUGAACAUGUGGCCUUCGUGAUGGCGAAUAUGCAAGCGAUCUAUAUUUUUGAGUUAUGGCAAUCGACUCGUAUUAAUGAUUUGAUCAAAAAAGGCAAGAAUGUUCUCACAUUUGAUUCGAAUAGGGAUUCAAUUCUUCAGUACUGGCAAUAUACACUAAGUACACCAAACAUAAGGCGGUGGGAGGGGUCCGGUGAACACGUCAGUGUUCUAUGGCCGCAGGCAGAACAGCAGAAACAGGGUCAGCAGCACGACCAGGUGGACUAGGGACGGGGACAGCCAAGAGUCGUCAGGCCAGGUAGUCUUGAGGCAUGGUCCUAGGGCUCAGGUCCUCUGGGAGAGGAGAUAGAGAUGGGAGAAUUAGAGGGAGCAUAUCUAAGAUCACACAGAACACCAAAUAAGAAAGGAGAAGUACACCAGAUAUAACAGAAUGACCCUAGCCCCCGUCCAAAUGCACUUAAAUAUUUUGUCUUGCCCAUUCACCUUCUGCAUGGCACACAUACACAAUCCAUGUCUCAAAAAAAAUAAAUCCUUAUUUAACCUGUCCCCUCCCAUUAAUUUACACAGCUUGAAGUAGAUUUAACAAGUUACAUUAAUAAUUGGAUUCACCUGGUCAGUCUGUCAUUGAAAGAAUAGGUGUUCUUAAUGUUUUGUAUACUCAGUGUAUUGGCAUGCAUAAGAAAAAAA